AUGGCUCCUGACGACAGGUCCCUCGAGCAACGUUCGGACGGGCACCGACAUGAAUGGACGACUUUCGAGUUCGACAUCAUGCUCUCACUCAUCUGCAAGGGGACACACCUCCAUGGCAUCGUCGAGUUCGCGACAAAGUUUAACGAGGGUCUGAAUGGUGCAGGCUACAGCGGCCAUCGCCGUGACGUCGACAUGGAGGAUAUUCAGGAGAUCUUGUUGUACAUAUUAGACAAAAAGAAGGCGGCCGUUGCGUUCAUUGAGCGACAGCAUAUGCCGCGAGUUACUCGUGCCCAGAAGAGAGUUUUCAUGCGCAGCAUCAAUUUCACCGGCACUCUGAAGGAGUGGAAGAUCGAUGGACGGAAGGACGAGGAGGCACUGGAGCACCCAAACAGGGUCAGACAGAUGGUCGAGCGGCAGCAGAAGGAGCAGUUCCUCCGCGACUUCGAGAGGCAUGUUGAGCAACAAGACAUGCAGCGUGGUCACCAACGACUAGCUGGUGAACUGGGUGACACAGCUGACAUGCUGCGUAGUCAGCCGGGGUUCUCCUGA